AUGGGUGUGAUCAGCAGGCGCGGUUGCCUAUUCUUUUGUUUCUCUUCUCAGUUCGCGCCUUUUUUGGUGAUCAGUGAUCUCAUGAUUGAGUGGAACGAUAAGUUAGAGAUGGCUUGGCGAUGUCUAUUUUGUCCUGGGUUUUCGGCCUUAAUGUUGGCUUCCUUGCUGACGCAUUAUAACUCUGAGCAUGACCGUUUUCAUGAAGAAAGACCUUUCCAUAUCCGCUGUGAAAUCGAUGGUUGCACAAAGGAGUACGGAAAGAUAAAUUCUUUCACCAAACAUGUGCGCACAGUACAUCGAAAAUUCUUGUGGAGCACUAGUCCGAACGACACCGCAGGGGAGCCCUGUCUACUUGAAGGUAUGUCUUAUUAUUUAAAAAUCGAUAGUACCUUCGCCGUAGAUAUUCCAGCACUAGAUUGUUGUGUAGUUUCGGAAAGUAAUCCAUACCACAACCUACCCCCACCCCCUCCCCCCGUAAAAGCCUAUUAGAAAUUCCAAGAGGUAAGCGGGGGCGGGAGGCGGGGGUGUGGAAGGGCUAGAAAAAACAAUCUGACGCUCAACGCUAAACUAAAAUUUCCCGAGUGGAUGGUGGGGACGGUUCCAUCCAAAACACAAAAGGAAAUAAUAGAUCCUUUCUAGGACAACACAACCUAAUAAUAAUACAACAUAUAAAAUACAUGUCAGACUAUGAUGAUGCUAGGAAGAAGGGUAUUGUCACCGAAAUCCAUGUGGUGGUCCACUAGCUGAUUAAACGAACAAUGUUGCCUGUGUUUUGUACUUACAAGGUUUUCAUGGAGACUUUUCCCAGGAAAGUCAGAGUGAACCAGAUGAAAGUGAAGACAUGGAAGAUAUAACUUCACUAUCCAGAUCUUAUGUGGAUAUGUGUAGUGGCUUAUCACAUGUGUCCUGUGACUCCAACUCCAGCGAUGGUGAUUUUCACAGUGAUGAGUCUUUAAGUGUUCUCACAAAAAAAUUUCUUUGCAAAAUUAGAGGAGAAAACCGCCUGACAGGAAAGGCUGUUCAAAAUAUUGCUAUUGCAGCUGGCCAUUUAAUGCAUCAGAUGUUAUCAAAUAUAAAAAGAAAUAUUGGAGAGGUUCUUCACAAUGCAGAUGUAGGGAGUGAGGAGGACUUCAGGAAUAUUGAAAGAGUUUUCAAUGAAGCAGCCCAGAAUGUGGAAAUAUUAAGGACACCAUUGAGUGAAACAUUCAGCAAUGGAACUAAUAACUACUGUGGUUUAGACAAAAUUGUAAGUGAUGUUCCAUAUACUUAGAUCAAUACUAAAAAGGAAUAAUUUUCAUUGUUACCUAACAAGUGCCCAAAAGCUAAGGAGAUUAAGUCCAAAAAUUGAGGAGGAAGUGUGUGGAUAAUUAAUUCACUUCAGCCUAUUCACACCACAAAAUACAAUGGGAAGGUUGACAAUAUUGCACUUUUAGGGUCAAAAUUUGGUUAACUGUCACUUCGGUUAUUUUACUAAAUGACUUUGGUGACUGUUAACUUGAUUCAACUAUCAAGGGAUAUACUAUUAAUUAAUGUAACUAUUGUUUUAGGAAACAGUGAAGUAUGUGUUUGGAAAACAUCGUGCAGCUGUAAAAAGAGGGAAAAAAAAGAAGAUAGUGGAGGUGGAAGAUGUCUUUUAUUACAUCCCUGUACUAAAAACAAUCCAAGUACAGCUGGGUUGUAGGAAAAUGUUGGACAUAGUAUUGGCUGGUCCAAAACAAAGUGCUGAUCCAAUCAUACUUGAAGACUUUUCUGAUGGAACAUUCUUUCAAAAUCAUGAAUUGUUUUCAAAUGAUGAAAGAGCUCUCCUUCUGUUAUUGUACUAUGAUGAUGUUAAUUUUAUCAAUCCACUGACAAAUAAGAAUCAUAAGUUGAGUUUAUUUUAUUAUCAACUUGCAAAUCUGCCUCCUGCAUACAGAUCAACCCUCAAGUCUAUUCAUCUUUUUGCUGUUUGUGAAACAAAACACCUCUCAAAUCCAGAGUAUGGGUUCAAUAAGUUGAUAGAACCUUUGGUAGAGGACAUGAAAAUUCUUGGCUCUGAUAGAGGGUACACUUUCUCCUUACCUAUUGGCAAUAUUAAUCUCAGAGGAGGUAUCUUGGCAUUCUUGGCAGAUACACCUGCCAGUAAUAAAGCUGGUGGGUUUAAGGAAGGUGUGGGUGGAGCUAGGCGAAAAUGCCGUCACUGUAUGGCAAAGUAUGAAGAUAUGCAGUGCCUUUUUAUGGAAGAGGACUUCCAGCUACGCAACAAGGACAACCACAUCCAACAUUUGUUAAAAAUGGAAGGAGCAGCUUCUGAAAACCUUAGGGAAUUUUAUUCCAAACAUUAUGGAAUCAAUGUAAGAACUCAUUUACUUGAAGCACCCUUCUUUGAUCCUUGCAACCAGCUGAUUCAAGAUGUAAUGCAUGUUUUCCUGGAAGGAGUUCUAGCCUACGAAAUUAAACUUUUACUAAACUAUUUCAUAAAUGAUAUUAAGUCUUUUGGACUAACCGAUUUAAACAAAAGAAUUCAGCAGUUUCAUUAUGGAUAUUCUAACAGUAAAAAUAAGCCUUCCUUUAUCUUAGAUAGGGACUUGGAGAAGACUGCUUCCACAAAUCUAGGACAGAGUGCUUCUCAAAUGUGGCUAUUAUCAACUGUUCUGCCUUUCAUUUUGGCAGAAUUUGUUGAUACCACCACAGACCACUGGAGAUGCUUCAUUUCAGUUAUUGAAAUUAUGUCUCUUUGCUUCGCCCACAAGGUUUCUUUAGCAACUACUGUUUAUUUAAAAUGGGCUAUUAAGGAACACCUUCAGUUAUUUAAAUCCCUCUAUGGCAACACUUCUAACAUUAUACCCAAACAGCAUUUUCUAAUUCAUUUGCCGUCUUUCAUUUUGAAAUUUGGGCCUCUUGUUCGUGCAUGGUGUAUGCGUUUUGAGGCAAAACAUGCUUAUUUUAAAGAUCAGGCAAAAAUUUUAAAAAAUUUCAAAAAUCUUCCAUUGUCCUUGUCAAGGAGGUACCAGUCUUCACUAUGCGCUGACUAUAUUAGUUUUAGCAAAGCAGAUCAGGGUCCCAUUUUUAGAAAAGAAAUGUCAUUUGGAUAUGCCAAAGCACUGUUUGGUGAAGAAAAGGAUAUUGUUGUAACAACCGUGGAGAGAUUUACUGGUGUUGGCAGUCUUUGUGAUGUCACUGAAAUUUAUUCUUUAGAUUCUGUUAAGAUCCAUGGAACGCUCUAUAAACCAGACAAGGAUUCUUUUCUCAAUUUUGGUAGUGAGAAUGGGUUGCCAACUUUUGGUAGAAUAGCAAAAAUCUGGUAUAUUGCAAACUAUGGAAUUUUUUUUGCCCUUGAUGCUAUGGUAACAUCUCAUUAUGAUGAAGAUUUUAAUUCCUUUCAAGUCGAGGAACCUGUUCUUCCACAGGGAUUUGAAGUUAUUAGACAAGAGGACCUUAAGUUGCCAUUUGUUUGUCAUUCACACAAAUUUGCAGAUAAAUUACACAUCAUCAUUAAAGAAAGUCCACUUGCUUGGUUAUAG